UGAACUUUAUCGGUUUGGUGGGCAUUCUUAUCAGUGAGUAUCAAAAUUUCAUAUUUUGAGCAAUUUUCACAAGGUUUUUUUGAAAUUUAUAGCUUUUAUUUAGUUUUUCCAUCAAUUUUAAACACUGUUGAAUCCUGUGAUGGAAAAAGAUCCGCUCUUUGUCGAGGUUCAAAGACGUUUUGUCAACUUCUUUAAAACUCGACGAAGAGAGGAUCUUUUUCCAUUACAGGGUUUAACAGUGUUUAAAAUUGAAGAAAAAACUAAAUAAAAGCUAUACAUUUCAAAAACACCUUAUGAAAAUUGCUCAAAAUAUGACAUUUUGAUACUCACUGAUAAGAAUGCCCACCAAACCGAUAAAGUUCAGGCAAACCGAUAUGCAACCCGCAAUACGUCAAAAGCCUUAUUGUGUUUCAUAAUUUUGACGUUUUGACGCUUUUCGCUUUGUAGCAUUUUUUAUCAGUUGUGACAUCAUUCCCUUGGUUUUUCGAUCAAAACAAUCAUUUUUUAUAAAAUAAUUUAAUUAAAAAUGCAGAGUAUCAAUGUGAUAGGGUCCAUAUUCAAUGUCUUUUACAACGAUGUUACGAUGUAAAUCUAAUCCGACCAUCAAGUAUUGAAAUACUUAUACUUAAUCUACAUUGAUUUGGGUAUCCUGUAAAACUUUCUGAAUGUUGGACUAAAUACUUGUGCAUUAUGUGUGUAAAUCAUUAAUCGAUUCUAUUUUGCAUGACAGGUGUCCAUAAUUUCUGGAUAUUAUGGACUCUGUAAGAAGUGAAUUUGAUACCAAUGACGAGGCGACUCUAAAUGUGGAAUCGACAACAAAUUCACUGAACGUUGAAUCGCAUAUUGAACUGAAAACAUUAUCUCAGUUACGUACACAAUAUCGGAAGUUGCUACGCGUACAUCCGUAUGCUGUCGAUGUUAAAAUGGUAAAAGAAUUACUUUCUGAAGUCAGUGAAAAAGAUAAAAAGAACCUAGAGCUAAUACAGGAAACCACCUCGCUUCGUAACACAAUCAAAUCGUACGAAGAGCAGAUAAAUUGGCAAGAAGAUCAUAUUAAAAUGCUAGAAGAUCAAAUUAAGCAGAAAGAUGAUCGAAUCACUGCGUUGGAGAAACAACUUACUGAUGCGAAAGCUGACGGAGAAAAGAAAUUGGAAGAAUUGAAGGAAACAAUAAAGACUCUGCAAGAUCAGAUCAAAACACAAGAUGAACGUAUAGCAAGUCUAACAAAUGAUGCACCUAAAGAGGCAGCUGCGGAUACAAGUACAAACUCUGAUAGUAGUCAAGGGGAAAUCAUCAAGUCACAAGAAGAUAAAAUUCUGCUGUUACAAGCUGAAUUAACUGAUUUGAAUUAUAGGGUGAAAAAACAAGACAUGCAAAUUCAGUUUCUCGAGGUAGAUUUGAAGUAUAAAGAUACCGCAGAAUCAAUGUAUUCUGAGAAUCGUCAAAGACAGGAAAUUAAAAUUCAGUUUCUAGAAAUCGAGCUGAAUUAUAGGAAGAAUAAUGAAGACGAAUUGAAACAAGAUAAAAAGAGACUUGAAAGUAAAAUCUACGAAUUGACGAAAACAGCCGAAACAUUGAAGUGUGAAAAUUUAAGCCUAAAUAAUAUUUUGAAUCGAGAUGGAUGUUCAUCGAGCGAAGAUUUCUGCUGCGAAACUGUCAAACAAGUUAAACUAAGUUUCAUUGAUUUGAUAGAAACUGAAUUUGAAUGCAUUAUUUGUAAUGGAAUGUUUAUUGAGGCAACUCUUACCGCGUGCAAUCAUAUGUUUUGUAAUCAUUGCCUACAACAAUGGAGGAAAAAGAGUCCGAAUUGUCCUAUUUGUAGAAGCCUCAUAAAAUUCGAAAUUAAAACCACGAUAAUUGACAAUUAUAUAAUAAAUACAGCGAAACUUAUUUCAGAAAAAAUGUACAGUGAUCGUAAAAAAGCUCUGGAAGAACGCAUCCAAGCAAAAAAUAUCGCCAAGUAUAAACGAUUGUGUGUUUGAGUGUCGUUGAAUAUAAUCGCUGUAUUUUUUUUAUAAAAUAAUUCUUCUUGCUACUUUGACUUUUGAUAAUAAUUUUUAAGUGUAUUAUGAAAACCUUCGUGGAAAGAUCCUGUUACCUGCAUUUCUACCUAUUUUCUUUCCUCAUCUUCAAGCGUCUCACGCGACGACUCCUUUUCGAUGUAUUUAAUAUAUAAAAAUUGGUACGCUUAACCAUUUACCUACCAUUUCUCCUCAAACGCUGGCGUUACUUGGAAAUCGAAAGAUGCAGUUGGUACGUUCUUUUCACGAGAUUUUCAUUUAUUUUAUUUCUUAUUUUUUAUAAGAGAAGUUUUAUCAUGCUUUCUGUCCAACGACUAUUUUGUUACUCAUCAACAUGACGAUACCGUGUUGAUUUGAUAUACCGCAUUGCUCACUUAAUUGAAAUCAGAAUUUCAAGAUUGAUACGUAUGUUUCUUAAGUACCUAUUAUUUGAUGUUAACCGGGAUUAACUUUUAUCAAUGUUAUGUUUAUUUUGACGGUUUGAUACCGACUGUAAUCAGACGAAAUUUUAUGAAAUUAGGACGACAUCAUUGAGUAUCUAGUAACAUGUUUCUCUAGAUGUAUUGUAUAUUUGAAUUCAAAGAAUUAUUUCACUACCACUUGUCCAUACAAUUCAGAUGUAUGUAUGGUGAUUGAUGAUUGAAAUCUCAGCGUAAUACACGCGUAUUCUUCAAUUUUGUGUUAUUUGUUUCAUUAUUAGCCCUUUUCAUUUUUGAUUACACCAAGAAAACAUGCCCCAAGUUGAUAUUCUAAUACGCCUAAAAAGCAAAACUUUUUUUUUUGUUCUUUUUUGCCAUUAAUUUUUUACAUGAGAUGAGAUGAAAUGGUAUCAUGUAUUAUGUGCAAUUUUUACGUUUUUUUGCAGUUAUAUUGUAUUAUAAGCUUGUUAUUUAUAGGGUUAGGGCAACUCUUGUGUUUUGUGAGUUAGACUUCUUGAUUCCUUCGUUCAAAGAGUCUAUAACUCAAAAACACAUCUAAAAUCAAAGUGAAGAGCUCGAAGAAGAGUUUUUAAAAUCGGACUCCAGCGACUUCUUACUAAUUUCCCAAAGUUAACAGUUCUCAUUAUUUUGGAAGUCGUAAGAGAAUUUUUUGAAAAAAGAGUCCAACUCGAGAGUCGCAAAUUUGUGACUCUAGUAAUUUCUUUACAUGAUGCAGAGUCGCCCUACCUCUUUUACUUCUGAAAUCCAUUAGAUUUUUUCAAAGCAUUUUGUAAAACAUACGGAUUUAUUGUAUAGCAACGUGUAUUUCAUUAAAAUUAUAGAAUUAAUGUGUUUCUCAGUC